GAGCUGCAGAGCCCACCCCCCCCCCCCAAAACUACAACCUGCAGGGGAACUGAACACACAGACCCAGAGUGGAGAGGACAGCAGGACAGAGGUGUGGAAGAGGACUGCGGCAGCCAAUCGCGAGGAGGCUGAGAAGACUUGCCGUUUGAAGGACACAGGAGACCGAGGGGCUAUGGAUGUGCUCGGAGAGAUGGGGGGGCUUCCCGACGGGCGGGUGGAGGAGCACGCGGGCACGGGCACGCGCCCGGACGCCCCGCCCGAGGACGAGACGGUGUGUGCGGCCCUGGCCCGCUACGAGGCCACCCUCCGGGACGCCAUGAGGGAGAUCCGGGCGGACGUGGGCGCCUUCAAGGCGGGCGUGGAGCAGCGGCUGGACGAGGCGGGCCGGGCGAGCGGGCCCCUGGGCCGGGCCGUGUCCCAGCUCCAGCAGGAGAACCGGCAGCUCCGCGGCCAGCUGGAGGCGCUCACGCGCCAGCUGGAGGCCCUGACCGGGACGGUGUGCGACAGGAGCGCUCUGACCAAUAACAGCGGCCACCAGGCCAACCGGGCCAACCCGCCCACCGCGCCCCUGCCCCUGACCUCCCGGCCCCCGCCGGACCACCGGGGGACCCACUCGCCUGCAUCCCCCACCGGCGGCGGCCCGACGGCGUUCUCCUCCGGGCCCAGCCCGGCGCCGGCGCUCUCUCCCACCGCCCGCUUCUCCAGCCGGGCCACCUUCGCCGUGUUCGGCAAAAGCAGCAGCGUGGAGCGGGAGGAGCCCAUUGAAGUAGAUCCAGCCCCAGCCCCAGCCCCAGCCCCAGCCCCAGCCCCAGCCCCAGCCCCUGUAGUGGUAGAAAAUGGACACCAGUCUGCAUCAGAGACCUCUGCGAUGCCAGCUGACAUAAGGUCGCCUCAUAGUGAUGCUCCACAAGAGCAUAUAGCCCCCAUGUCCAUGUUGAGGCCACACCUCCCCAUCACUGCUACAACCAAAAUGGCUGAAUCCUCUGUCACCUCAGUAACUAAAAGCCAACAGUCACCAACCAGUCCUAUACAAUCAACACCCUCUGCUCUCACCAAGGCACAGCCACCCAGCCAAUCAACAAGUGACUCUCCACCCCAAACUGUGUCAGAGUCUCCUGUCAUACCAGCACCUGCAGUGAAGGCUUGGGCCCCAAGUCCCAUCAGAGCCAUGGGGUCGCCUCAGAUGCCAGAUAAGGCCUCUUCGGCGCCUUCCAAGUCAGUGAGUUACUCAGGCAUUGGCACAUCCAGUACAGACAGGGAUGGUGAUAUCGGUGGGCCAGCUUUUGGGAGGGGUGUGGAACGGAGGCGGGAGCUGGUGAGGUCACAGACGCUGCCUCGCUCCAUAGGAGCUCAAUCUCGGCGCGCCAUCUUCGAGAGGCUGGACUCCGACCCCAGCAAGCCCAAAGCCAUGGACUCCAAGCCCAAGCUGAAACGCUCUCAGAGUUUUGGGGUGUCCAGCGCCAGCAGCAUCAAGCAGAUCCUGCUAGAGUGGUGCCGGUCUAAAACCAUUGGAUACCAGAACAUUGACAUCCAGAACUUCUCCUCCAGUUGGAGUGAUGGCAUGGCUUUCUGUGCCCUGGUACACUCCUUCUUCCCCACCGAGUUUGACUACAAUGCACUGAUGCCCACCAACCCCAAGCACAACUUUGAGGUGGCCUUUGGCACAGCAGAGGACAAGGCGGGCUGUGACCGGCUCAUCGAGGUGGAGGACAUGAUGGUCAUGGGCCGCAAACCGGACCCCAUGUGCGUCUUCACCUACGUCCAGUCCCUCUACAACCACCUACGCCGGUUCGAGUGACGCGCCAAGACACGUCAGCUCCUGGCCCCGCCCCCUGUGUGCUCAGGGACAGAAACACCAGUGUAAAGACUACCAUUACGCCUUCAGUUUGGAAUUCGAUCUGGACAUUAUCAUACACUCAGAGACAACCCAAAGUUUACAAGUGCCUAGAGGGUGGGAGUAAUGUGUGUGCCAGUAGCCUUGAGUUAGUAUUCACUGUACUUUCCCCCAAUGUAAGGGGAAGAUUGCUCACUAAACCACUGAUCAUCCUCCUCAGUUUUGUACACUAGAACUGCCUAUUACAGCAAGCAAUCACCUAUCUUACAGCAAUAACUGUGGGUGCGCUAGCUCUUUGUAAAUGGGCACCUCAGCUGUCCUCUAGUAGUCCGCAGUAGAGCUGAUUUGCAAACACUGGGGAUUAAUAGCUGUGCCUAUGUUUGGCCACUAGUGGGCCUCUGUGUGCUAUGUGCUUGCUAGCUGGGGUUGCAAAAAUGGAAAACCCAGCUCACCCUGAACACGGACGCCAUCCCGUGGAGCCAAAUUCACCGACUGCUCUGCCACAAAGGCCCUGUACUGACUUACAAGGAACAUUUUUACAGUCAAUUUAAAAACUACUUCAGAGGACUUGAGACUGUAAUUCAACACAGUGUUUUUUUUGUUUGUUUGUUUUUUUUUUUUUGAAGGAGAGCUUGUGGGUUGUGGUAAACUGUUAAUCUUGUUUUGUUUUGUUUUUUUCGAAUGUUUGAAUGUUUUGUGUUUCGAUUCUAUUUCUGUCAGUGGGUGCUUCGGUUUUAUACAGCACCUGUGUUUUUUUUAAGUGUUCCCCCAUGUAUCCUCACCUUACUUCACCAAAGUGCCUGUGUUCUGUGAGAACUGUAUCUGCUCUCAGACCGCAUAUUCGCUAGUGUGAUUCAUGGUUCCAAACUUCAGUUUGAAAGUUGCGUCACUGAAAUGUCAGCAUUCGAGAGAAGGCAGGUAAGUGGAAAUGUUCUUCUGUGAUGAGACUGUGACCUGCUAAUCGCUGCCAAUGUGUGUAAAACUGUAGUAGCUGGAAAACAUUUGGGUAAAAAAAGGUCAAUUCUAGCCUGCUCGUUAAUAAUUAUUAGGACAGAAAAGGAGAACAGUUUCUGCUGUAUCUCUUUAGCGGGGAUUGGCUAAGCCUAUAAAAUUAUAAAAUUAUCAGUAUUUUUCUUAUGGUCUGUGGCAUACCAAAGCGUUACACAUCACAGACAGGUACAUUAGAUGUGUACAAAGAAUGAGUUUUGUGAAUAAUAACAUGUGCGACUGCUGACAGUGUUUGCUAUACUAGGUGUGCAUGUGUGAUUCAUGUUAAUGCAAUGAGGGGCAUUCACUGUGCUGGCUGAAGCUGGGAUCCACAAGACCCAUGUGACUGUGACUGUUUCCAGGGCACCUGAAAAAUAUAAAACCAAAAUACAGUAAUCAUUACCCAUCCCAUCACCUUUGUCACCCAUUCAUUAUUAGUGCAGAAGCCACCAAAUGGUGCCUUAAUUAGCUGGAAAUAUAAUAUAUACAAUAUUAGUGCAGGGUCUAUGUUAAUCGCCCCGUUUGCCGCACGCAUCAAGAACGUUGGAGUGUGAGGAGCGUGUUAAUAUCUGGCUUGUUGUUGCCCACUGCUGGCCAUUUAGAGUUACAACGUGUAAUAAAAAUGUUGCUCUGUGUU